AUGGGCACUGCUGGAAAAGUUAUUAAGUGCAAAGCAGCUGUACUAUGGGGAAUGAACCAGCCCUUCUCCAUCGAGGAAAUAGAAGUGGCCCCACCAAAGGCUAAGGAAGUUCGUGUGAAGAUUUUGGCCACAGGAAUCUGUCGCACAGAUGACCAUGUGAUAAAAGGAGCAAUGGUGUCCAAGUUUCCAGUGAUCGUGGGCCAUGAAGCAGUUGGGGUUGUAGAGAGUAUUGGAGAAGGGGUCACUACAGUGAGACCAGGUGACCAAGUCAUCCCCCUCUUCCUACCACAGUGUAGAGAAUGCAAUGCUUGCCGUAACCCCGAGGGCAAUCUCUGCAUUCGGAGCGAUCUGACAGGCCGUGGAGUACUGGCUGAUGGCACCACCAGGUUCACAUGCAAGGGCAAACCGGUCCAGCACUUCAUGAACACUAGCACCUUCUCGGAGUACACAGUGCUGGAUGAAUCUUCGGUAGUUAAGAUUGAUGGCGCAGCUCCUCCCGAGAGAGCCUGCCUCAUUGGAUGUGGGUUUUCGACAGGCUAUGGGGCUGCCGUUAAAACCGCCAAGGUCAGCCCUGGCUCCACCUGUGCUGUGUUUGGCCUGGGAGGCGUUGGCCUGUCCGUCAUCAUGGGCUGUAAGGCAGCUGGUGCCUCCAGGAUCAUUGGAAUUGACAUCAACAAAGACAAAUUCCCGAAGGCCCUGGCUGUAGGCGCCACCGAGUGUAUCAGUCCCAAGGACUCCACCAAGCCUAUCAGCGAGGUGCUGUCAGACAUGACCGGGAACACCGUGCAGUACACUUUUGAAGUUAUUGGCCGUCUUGAAACCAUGGUUGAUGCCCUCUCGUCUUGCCAUAUGAACUAUGGAACCAGUGUGGUGGUUGGUGCUCCUCCAUCAGCCAAGAUGCUCAGUUAUGACCCAAUGCUGCUCUUCACUGGGCGGACGUGGAAGGGUUGCGUCUUUGGAGGUUGGAAGAGCAGAGAUGAUGUCCCCAAACUGGUGACUGAGCUCCUGGAGAAGAAGUUUGACCUGGACCAGUUGGUAACCCACACCUUGCCUUUCAAAAACAUCAAUGAAGGAUUUGAAUUGCUUUAUUCAGGGCAAAGCAUUCGCACGGUCCUGACCUUCUAA